CUGACAUUACGAGCCUUUCGCACAAAUUUCAAGUCAUUAUUCUAUGUAUACCACCUCCGAUCAUCUGCCAAAAUUUUGGUAUUUCGUCAGAGAAAUCAUGUAAUUAGGAAAUCGCAAUGGAAACUCCGACUGAGUGCCUGAUGUGCGGUCAACAUUUGGACAAGUUUCCUUCACAUCACUCUCCUCAGGCGCAUCGACAGUGUCACAGGCCGGGCAUAGGAAGACCCGCCAGGUACAGCGCCAAUGAAACGCCCACCUUGGGCAAUCAAGCGGGUGGAUGGCAUGGAGACGGCCACGGCGACGAAGAUAAAACAUUCGAAAGCUUAAUCGGAAUGACCAAAGAACAAUUUUACGCGCAUCAGUCGGAUCAGAAAAGGGACGGCCGUAAAAAAGCGAUGAGCGUACCGAAACCGAGAUUUCAUUUGUCCGUUUACUCGCGGGGACCCCUCAAAUGUCCCCAUAAAUCGUGUCGGAAAACUGUUGCCGUGGCCCAUUUCGUCAAUCAUUUCAAGUCGGAACACUCCGACGUGGGGAUUUGCUCCGUCGAGAGGGACAAAGAAUUGUGUGUACCGCUUGAUAUAUCGCUCGUCGAGCACGGUCUCCAUUUCUGUCUCACAAUGAUCACCGUCUAUCAAAUGAAUCGGGUCGAUUUCGUCAAGUCGGGCAGCUCGGAGAGCGUGAGACGCGCGUGCAGCAAGUUCUGUCAAAACGUGCCGGUCGACACGUUUUGGUUGAUGGCCAGCGGGUCCGUCGAGAGGAAAUCGAACGUGGCCUAUUGUUUUUUCUGGCUUUUGACCAAUUCGGAAGGGAGUUACAAGUGCUCGAUGGAGCUGAGUUCGAAGGACGAUUCAGUGUGUUUGUCCACGUACUGUGCAGUGACGAAUUUCGGUAAUGGCGAUUUUUCGCGAGCAGCGAAGGAACUGAGGGCGCUUCUGGUCACCCGGUCAUCGCUUAAGUUCAUUUUAAAGGAGGGCGCUCCGUUAAAUUUAAGGGUAACCGUCCAUUGAAACUUUGUCGCACGGUAAACGAUAAAGUGAA